AGAGUGGUAAACCGCAUUUUGUAGUGUAAAUGGGUUUUAUUGUUGUGUUGGUUGUUUGUUAUUGUAAAUAAAUAAAAAUUAUAACUGAAUUAUCUUCCACAAAUAGAAGAAUAAUUCAUUAAAUCGUAUUUUCUUUAAAAUAUGGAAGUAACUCGUAAAAAUUUCAACGAGGCUUUGCCUCUAGUUGGAGCUAGUAUAAAAAAGGCAGACUUCCUAGUAAUAGAUGCAGAGUUUACGGGACUUAUUAAUGGUAGAGAUGUAUCUAUAUUCGAUUCUCCACAAGAAUACUAUGCCACACUUUACAACGGCUCCACUGAAUUUCUUCUAAUUCAAUAUGGAUUAUGUGCAUUUUACUGGGAUGAGAAAGAGAGGAAGUAUAUGAAUGAUGCUUACAACUUUUACCUGUUUCCUGGGAGCCAAAGGGGGUUGGAGAAAAUGUUUUUGUGUCAAAGUUCCAGCUUAGAUUUCCUUGCAACACAGGGAUUUGAUUUUAAUAAGCUAUUUAGAGAAGGCAUAUCAUACAUGACAGAACCUUUAGAAACUCGUCUCAGAGAGAGUUUAUUAGAGAAACAAAAGUUAUACUCUAAUGACAAAGGAACAGUACUAAUUCCAGAUGAAAAUAAACAGCAAAUUGAAGACAUUUGUGAAAAAGUAAGAAUGUUCCUGAAAGAAAGUCAAGACACAGAAAUGGAGAUAGACCGGUGUAAUGCAUUCAUCAGAAGACUGCUAUUUCAAGAAUUGGGAAUUAGGUUUAAGGAUGAGGUGAUUCUCGAAACGAAAGUAUUGGAAAAUAAAAACAGGGUCUUAAAAGUAACGCGGCUAGUCGCUGGGGACGAUAAGAAAUGCCAUGAUACGAAGAGGAAGGAGAAGGAGUGGGAGGAGUUUGAUCAAGCCAUUGGAUUCUCCAAAAUUGCUCGUAUGAUCAGUCAGUCGGAGAAGCUGGUGAUCGGUCACAACAUGCUGCUAGAUUUAAUACACACGUUGAACCACUUCUUCCAACCGCUGCCGGCGGACUAUGACUCCUUCAAGGAGUUCGCGCACUGUAUGUUCCCAAGGAUAUUGGACACCAAGUACAUGUCAAGUCUGCCGCCGUUCAAGGACAAAAUGAACUCGAGCGUGCUACAACAUCUGCUGUUUACUUUGUCUGAACCACCGUUCUCGCUGCCGGAAAUUGAAUCACUGGAAGGGCGCGGGUACAGACGGACUGAUGACAAGCAACACGAAGCAGGAUACGAUGCUUACGUCACGGGCCUGUGCUUCCUAGCCAUGCACGCGCAUUUGACGCGCAUGCGCGGCGAGGAGCAAACCCGUGUCACACAGGACAGUGCUCUACUCAAACCCUUCGUCAACAAGGUGUUCCUGUCCAAAACGGCCCAUCAGGACUCUCCCUACAUCAACCUGGCUGGCGUCGACCCGACUCCGUCACGGGAGCACGUGUUCCACCUAACCUUUCCUAAGGAGUGGCAGCGGAAUGACAUCAACCAUCUAUUUAGUGCGUAUGGUCAAAUAACAGUGCAAUUUCUGGACGAAACUUCUGCAUUGGUGGCACUGUCGCGGCGGGAGCUCGCACGAACUGUGAGCAAGGCUUUCGUGAACCACAAAAGAAUCACGCUUCUACCGUUCAUGAAGUACAAAUAUAUAAGCAAGGUACAAAAGCAGUUCCAGAUGGACGCGAAACCGAACGACGCUCUGCCAGAGGAGACCUCUCAAAAAGAUAAUGAAAAACUGAACAAACUAAGAGCAAUGCAACCGACUAAAGGAUUGGAGUCACCGGAUUUAUCGAAGAUAUCACGGACGAGAUCAAAUAGCUUGAGCUCACUGCCGAAGCAGACUUCUAGGAAAAGAAGUGGAGAGUUCCUAGUAAAUACAGCAGUCGAAGAAGCGGAACCACCGCCAAAGAAAUCCGAAAACACUCCCAAUACAAAACCCGAAAGGACGAAUGGACGGCGGAAAGCGUCGGAGAGUGAGAAAGAGAUAAAAGAUAAGAGAAAAGAAAACACUGGAAACGAUUUAUUGAAAGACAGGAAGAAAGAGAAAGUCGUGGUGGAGUUUGACAGCGGAACUAAAGGCCAGUGUGUGAAGGCUUUUGAGGAAAGCGACUGUUGGGAUUAAAUGUAUUAUAUGAUCGAUA